CAAAAAUCAAAUGCGAAACGAGAAAGAAAGCAAAGAGUUUUCAAACGAGCGCGAGCGCUUUUCAACAAGCGCGCGUGGCGGCAAACGGGGUCAUCACCAGCGAGGGGGAAUACCUCAAAACCUGCAGGUUAAACAUUAGGAGCGGGGACCCGCCGCUCCGCUCGCGCGCUCCCUCGCUCCUCUUCAGUCUCGGGUCGGAGAGCUGAGCGGAAGGAAGGACCACGAGCGAACUGCUGCCCGACGAGGAGCGCUCUUCUGCCGCGGGAACCGGAGCUGCGCCUCGCCGCUGCCGUUUCCACUGGAGUCUAAAGCUAAAAACGACUGAUUCAUAUUUUUAGUCCGCCGCAGAGAUGAGUGUCUGCAGGGAGGCUGUCACAACCGGCUUGUGUUAAGACUGGAAACCUCCACAAUGAAGUCCAGACGAGAUAAGCUGAAGAUCCCCUCUCUGACUCUAGAUUUAUCCCCUACUUGCCAGAGCCCCACCCUCCUGAGCCCAUGCAGUCCCUGCAGCCCCUGCAGUCCUUUGCAAACCCUUCAUCCCUGGAGCUGUCGCAGCAGCAACAGGAAGAGUCUGGGUAUUGGGACCCCUUCACCCACGCUGUCCCGUCCUCUCUCCCCACUUUCUCUUCACACUGCUGCGAGCAGCCCUUUAGACAGCCCUCGAAACGUCUCGACCGGUGCCUGCGUCAGCUUUCCCUUUGCCCGAAGCCACUUGGCUCGCGCUGACAGAGCUGAGGGCCGACGAUGGUCUCUGGCUUCCCUUCCUUCAUCUGGCUAUGGAACCAACCCGCCAAGCUCCACCGUCUCAUCCUCUUCGUCCUCCCAGGAGCGUCUUCACCAGCUUCCCUACCAGCCGACGCAGGAUGAGCUGCACUUCCUCUUUAAGCACUUUCGCAGCUCGGACAGCAUCACCGAUGAGGAUGGGCGUCCCUCAACAGUCAUGCGGCCCCGGUCUCGGAGCCUCAGCCCGGGGAGGUCGAGCGUCUCCUUUGAUCACGAGAUAGUCAUGAUGAACCAUGUGUACAGAGAACGUUUUCCAAAGGCCACAGCCCAGAUGGAGGAGCGCUUGUUGGACAUCAUCACCCACUGCUCUCCAGACAUCUCCCUCCCGUUAGCUGACGGAGUGCUGGGCUUCAUCCAGCACCAGUUGGUGGAACUGGUCAGAGACUGCCUGGAUAAAUCCCAGAAAGGCCUGGUUACUUCUCGGUAUUUUGUCGAGCUCCAGGAGAAGUUGGAAAAGUUGCAUCACGAGGCCUACGAGCGCUCCGAAAGCGAGGAAGUAACGGUCAUAACCCAACUGGUGCGCAAGAUCCUCAUCAUAAUCUCCCGACCUGCUCGUCUCCUUGAAUGUCUGGAGUUUGACCCAGAGGAGUUUUACCACCGGCUCGAAGCAGCAGAGGGUCAGGCCAAAGUGGGCCAGGGCAUCAAGACUGACAUCCCUCGGUACAUCAUAAACCAGCUGGGUCUGACCCGAGAUCUGCUGGAAGACAUGGUGCAGUUUGAUCAGUAUGAGUCCAGCCCCACAGUGUCAGUGGAACCCGAAGUUGCAGUUGAGAAUAAAGCUCCACAGACGCUGACUCCAACUCGAAGGAAACCCCUCGAGAGUGACUUUGAGACCAUGAAACUCAUCAGUAACGGAGCUUAUGGCGCGGUGUAUCUCGUCCGUCACAAGGAAACUCGUCAAAGGUUUGCCAUGAAAAAGAUCAAUCGUCAGAAUCUGGUGCUGAGGAACCAGAUCCAACAGGCCUUCGUGGAGCGGGACAUCCUCACCUUUGCAGAGAACCCCUUUGUUGUGUCCAUGUUCUGCUCCUUUGAGACGCGGCGUCACCUGUGCAUGGUCAUGGAGUACGUAGAAGGUGGAGAUUGUGCCACGUUGCUUAAGAACAUGGGCCCCCUGCCUGUAGAAAUGUCACGGAUGUACUUUGCUGAAACAGUCCUGGCAUUGGAGUACCUUCACAAUUAUGGCAUCGUGCAUCGCGACCUUAAACCUGACAAUCUGUUGAUCACAUCCAUGGGCCACAUCAAACUGACAGACUUCGGUCUGUCUAAAAUCGGUUUGAUGAACAUGACCACCAACCUGUAUGAGGGACACAUGGAGAAAGACACCCGGGAGUUUGUGGACAAACAGGUGUGCGGCACUCCAGAGUACAUCGCCCCGGAGGUGAUCCUUCGACAGGGAUACGGGAAGCCAGUGGACUGGUGGGCAAUGGGAAUCAUCCUCUAUGAAUUUCUUGUUGGCUGUGUUCCGUUUUUUGGAGACACUCCCGAAGAGCUUUUUGGACAAGUCGUCAGUGAUGAAAUCGUCUGGCCGGAAGGAGAUGAUGCUCUACCUGCAGAUGCUCAGGACCUGAUUACCCGCCUGCUGAGCCAGAACCCUCUGGAGCGCCUGGGAACAGGCGGAGCCUCAGAGGUGAAGCAGCACCCCUUUUUUCUGGGUUUGGACUGGAAUGGACUCCUCCGGCAAAAAGCUGAGUUUAUUCCUCAGCUGGAGGCAGAAGACGACACUAGCUACUUUGACACUCGUUCAGAUCGAUACCAUCAUCUAGCGUCUGAUGAAGAUGAGGAAACCAAUGAUGAGGAGUCUUCACUGGAAAUCAGGCAAUUUUCCUCGUGGUCGCAUCGGUUCAGUAAGGUUUACAGCAGCACAGAACAUCUGGCGACGCCGUCCAACCUGAGUUUCUCCUCAGACCGCAGUCACAGUGAAGACAAAGAAGAGCGUGGAGAAGUGGGCGGAGCUGGACUCUCCCCCAGCUCUGCCGAGAGCAGCGUGGAGAAGAAGCAUCCUGGACGCAUGGCCAGCCUUCGUCCUCGGGCCUCCUCCAGUUCCUCCCAGUCUGAGAGGAGCACCAGCCCUCUGGUGAUGAGCAGCACUCACAGCCUGGAGACGAUGCCCCGCUUUGCCCUGUCCACUGAUGACGAGGCUGAGGUGGUGGUGUCAAACCUGCGGAGGAUCCGGAUCCGCAGCAACAGCACCGGGGCCAAACACUCGUCGCCGAAGGAUCCGGCAGGAACUCGGCGCUUUGGAAACCAGCUGGAGACACCGGACAGACAGAGGCUUCCCUGUGCUGGGAAGGUUCCUAAAUCUGCCUCGGUCUCUGCGCUGUCCCUCAUCAUCACCACGGAUGACUCGCCCAUCGGCCUCCAGCCCAGUCCCAUCUCACCUCGCUCGCUGUCUUCCAACCCCUCUUCCCGGGACUCGUCCCCCAACAGGGACCUGUCGUUUAGCUCUGCCAGCCUGAAGCCUCCUAUAGUCAUCCACACCUCAGGGAAGAAGUACGGCUUCACGGUGCAGGCCAUCCGGGUCUACAUGGGGGACAGCGAUGUCUACACGGUCCAUCACAUGGUGUCGAGUGUGGAGGAGGGCAGCCUGGCUUACCAGGCAGGUCUUCGGACCGGAGACCUCAUCACCCACGUGAACGGGGAGUCCGUUCAAGGCCUGGUCCACCCGGAGAUGAUCGAGUUAUUGCUGAAGAGCGGCAGCAAGGUGACGCUGCAGACCAUAGCGCUGGAAAACACUUCCAUCAAAGUCGGCCCGGCUCGGAAAACCAAACACAAAGGCAAGAUGGCUCGUCGUAGCAAGAAGAGCAAGAGGAGGGACAAUUAUGACAGGCGGCGAAGCAUCUUAAAAAAACUGUCCAAGCAGAGCUCAGUGAUGCACAGCAGUCGGAGCUUCUCCUCCGGUCUCCAUCACUCCGUUUCCUCCAGCGAGAGCCUCCCAGGUUCUCCCACACACAGCCUCUCUCCCGGUCCCUCCACGCCCUGCAGGAGCCCCGCCCCUGACCAUCAGGGCUGUGAAAACAACUCUCCUCAGAGUACGUCUCCAUGUUCCAGCUCUCCCAGUUCUCCCGCUGCACACAUCCGACCCAACUCCCUCCACGGGCUGGGCUCCAAACUCAACACGCAGCGCUUUUCAAAGGUCGGUCGGCGGAAGUCGACUAGCAACAUCCCACCCUCUCCCCUGGCCUGCAACUCCUCCUCCUUGUCUAACCAGCCCAUAUCCCCUCAGCGCUCACCCUCACCGCUGCCGGGCUUCGCCAAAGCCCUCCACUCGUAUCACGGCAAAACCCUGUCACCCCCCACCAUCGUUAGACAUGUCGUCCGCCCCCGCAGCGCAGAGCCCCCUCGAUCCCCUCUGCUCAAGCGGGUGCAGUCCGCCGAGAAGCUGUCUGGAGUCUAUCAUGCUGACAAGAAGUCAUACGCCCCCCGCAGGCACACGCUGGAAGUCCCGUUUUACGGUGAGGGGGACCUACUGGGCGACACGGAGGUGGAGGGAGCGUGCGGAGGGUUUUAUAUUGGGCCAGACCACAGCAGACUGGGGGGGUUCAUCGGCGGGCAGAGAAUGCGGGACUCCGGGACGGAGCGAUCGGAGCAGCUGGUAGUCAUGAGGAAACUCAACCUGUCGGAGCGACGGGACUCCUUCAAAAAGCAGGAGGCGGUGCAGGAGGUGAGCUUCGACGAGCCCGACGAGAAAAACGGCGGCGCAGCCCCCGGAGACGCGGCGCAAACCAAACAGCAGCACAGGGUACCCUGGAUGGUCAUUCGACCCCAGAGCGGGGAGGAGGUGGAGCUGGAG